CCAAAUUUUAUAAAACUCGCUAAAAAAACCACUGUGUUAACACAAAUACAUUAUACAAACGUAGAAGGUAGAAAUUACCAAAUAACUGUUUACCUUUGGAGUCAUGACGACGAAUUAUUCUCUAAAAUAAUAUAUUUUACAGAUUACAGAAUCACGAUUAAUGUAAGUAAUCUCUUUUCAACGCCUUAAUUGCUGGAGCAUCUUCAGCCGGCGUGAUUAGGCAGUUUUUUUUGUUAUCACCCCACACUUCCACAAUUUUGCUGCCCAAAACGGCCAAAACCCAUCAAGACGUACCACAGGGGACAGGGCACAUUCUACAGUUGGCAGACAGAGCUUACGAAUUGUAUGAUGCUCACUAAGAAGACGAUCAAUGCUGUAAAUAUUGGCCUUUUACUAAUCACUAUUUUUGUUUGGUCAUAUGUUGUUGCUGCUGCUCGGAUGAUUCAUGAACAAACAUCAUCUUGUAAUUAACAAAUUAUCACAUAUAAAAUAGGUAUAUUUAUUUAUCUUAAAGAGUCCUUUUACUAAUUGUUUUGGUUGUGUGAACUAAACAUGAAACCAGCUGUUGCAGAAGAACCAAUUAAUCAAAAGUCAUCAUUUGAUUUCACGUUUAAAACAAAAUCAAAUGAAAUUAAUGACAUGUUAAUCAGUAUUGAAAACAACAAAACUGAUAAUUUUCAUAAUAUUUUACAAAAAAUUAAUGAACUUCAAGAGUUUUUAAAUGAUUCCAAAACAUUUCUACCAGCUUAUAAUAUGAAAAAGUGUUCAGAUGAAAUCAAACACAUUACUAAGCGUUAUGAACUAUUGCAUGAAAAAUUACAGCCUAAGAAGAAAUUUGCUUUUGGUAAACAACCAGCUACAUCAGCAGUAGCUAAAGCAAAAACUAAAGCUGAAGACAAAUUUGAACAAGUAAAUCAAUUAAAAGUUUAUAAAGAAGACUGUGGAUUUAAAAAUCGUUCUGAUGUAAAUAAUUUAGUACUCACGGAACAUGAAUGCCAUAUGAAAGAUGUAGCUUUAGAUACAUUGAUUAAUUGCACUGUUCUCAUGUGUGGAACACCUAGUACUGUGCGUGCAACAUCAUUGACAAAGUGUAAGGUAUAUGUAUGCGCACAAACGUCAAUUUUUAUUGAGAACUGUAAGGAUUCAAUAUUUAUAUGUGCAUCUCAGCAGUUGCGUAUUCAUGAUACUUUUGAUACUAGUUUUUAUAUUUACGUUACUAGUAGCGCUAUAAUAGAAAACUCUAAACAGUUACGAUUUGCUCCUCUUUCAUUUAACUCUGCAAUACUUAAAAAAGCAUUUAGAAAGGCAAAUUUUGAUGAAUUUAAAAAUAAUUGGAAAAUUGUAAAUGAUUUUGAUUGGUUGUCAUCUUAUGAACCAUCACCAAAUUGGUGUGAAAUACCAGAAGAAGAACGCCAACAACCUAGUGAAGAAACUGAUAACUUUAUAACAGAUCAAUAGUUGACACGUUUGAUUUAACAUUUUAAUAGUUAUAUUUUUUACUCUAUUUAACUUUAUUUAAUAUACAGAUUAUUUAUUUUAAGUUUUAAUAAUUAUUUUUACUUUAAAAAAAAAAAAAACUAACAGAUAGAAA